GACAAAGUUUCGGGGCAAAAAAACUGAAUUCUGACAGUUUGACAAGUGUUAUGUAAUGCUGAUCUAAUAGACACAUGAGGAUGACUGUAACACAGAACAAUUAACCCAUAUUUUGUGUCAUAUUCUGGCUACUUGAAUCAGCUGAUGAGAGUGCUGUACUAACACCAUUGUCAAAAUGUUGAUCAGUGGAGAAAGCAGCGAACAGUGGUGUAGCCCUUGCCUUUACGAUUCCCCAGAGAUGACAAUGGGGGCUCUAGGCCCUAUGCCUUCAGCUGGGAGUACCUCCCCUACUCAAGGCAUGAGCCAGUACUGUGCCAUCUGUGGUGAUCGGGCCACGGGCAAACACUACGGAGCUUCCAGCUGUGACGGAUGUAAAGGAUUCUUCAGACGGAGUGUGAGGAAGAACCACGUCUACUCGUGUCGCUUCAGCAGAAACUGUGUCGUAGACAAAGACAAAAGAAAUCAGUGUCGAUACUGUCGUCUCAGAAAGUGUUUCCGGGCAGGAAUGAAAAAAGAAGCUGUCCAGAAUGAGCGAGAUAGAAUCAGUGUGAGGAGAACCAGUUAUGAGGAUGUGAACCAGACAAAUUCCCUGUCCGUCAGUACGCUGUUAAAUGCAGAAAUUCUUUCCAGACAGAUCACUCCUUCACCUCUGAGUGUGGACCUGUCCCAGAAGUUAGUAGCCACAGCUAAUGAUGUUUGUGAGUCCAUGAAACAGCAGCUCCUUAUUCUGGUAGAGUGGGCUAAAUACAUUCCCUGCUUCUGUGAACUGGCUCUGGAUGAUCAGGUUGCACUGCUGAGAGCACAUGCUGGGGAGCAUUUAAUUAUGGGUGUGGCCAGACGUUCCCUUGGGGUCAAGGAUGUUUUAUUGUUAGGCAAUGAUGCCAUCAUUCCCAGGAAUACACCAGAAGUAGAAAUAGGCCGUGUUGCCAGCAGAAUUCUGGAUGAACUAGUCCAACCAAUGAAAGAUGUCCAGAUGGAUGAUUCUGAAUUUGCUUGCUUAAAAGCCAUUGUUUUCUUUGAUCCAGAUGCCAAAGGACUGAGUGAUCCACAGAAAAUCAAAAGCUUCCGCUAUCAGGUUCAAGUGAAUCUGGAAGACUACAUCAAUGACCGACAGUACGACACCAGGGGGCGCUUUGGGGAGAUCCUUCUGAUGUUGCCCCCACUACAGAGUAUCACCUGGCAGAUGAUUGAACAGGUGCAGUUUGCCAAACUGUUUGGGAUGGCAAGGAUUGAUAAUCUUCUGCAAGAAAUGUUACUUGGAGGAGCAGCUCCUGAAAAUGGUAGCACGGGAUCAACAACACCAACAACAUUACAGCCAUCCCUGAUGGUCAACAACUUCAGCGACCAGAUCUCCAAUAGUGCAGAUGUACUCUCCAUUGCCACAGCCACUAUCCCAUCGCCCCAUACCUGCAUUUCUCCCAACAACAGCCAUGGUUCUCCCAUGGGGAGCCCCUUGAAUUUAGGAAUGCACCACAGCAUACAGACGCCAACCCCACCCCUGUCAACGGCUGACCAUCUUCUGACGGCUUCAGCAAUGACAUCAAAUAUUGACCACCUGGCCAUACAACAGCACAACGAAUCACCAAUCUCGUCCCCACCACUGUCUACAGAAUCAUACAGUAAAGUCAAUGGGUCUUCAUAUUCAUUCAAACAAGAAGUGUCUUCAUAAUGCCAACUGGCUUUGUGAUUCAUAUAUAAAUAUAUGUGAAGUCAUUUAUUUUUAACUUGGAUGUUCAUACACGAUGUGUACUUUGUAUGUCUUCAUUUGUAACCAGACAUAUUCCAGUUUGAAUAAGUUUAAUUUGACCAAUAUUUUGUAUAAGUAUGUUCAUUGGAGUCCUUUUGGUGGCAAUCAUUUUGAUAAAAUCUGUUAUGCAUUGUCUGAGUCAGAAGAAGCAGGCUUACAUGUAGCAGUAUAUGUUUUUUUUUUUUUCAGAGACAUCUAGUCAUGUUAAAUUUAUUCAGCAUAUUUAACAUUUGAUAUUUAAAAUCUGGUUUUCGGUUGAUCUCAUUUCAAAGUUUCGGAGUCAUUUGCAGCAUACAUGUAGGAACUUAUACUUGUUCAAAGCUGUAAAAAAAAUGUUAUCCUUCAGAAUACUUUGCUAGAUUAUUUUUUUUUAUAUGAAGGAUUGAGGAUAUAAAGAAAGUGAAUGAAGAUUUUUAAUUCUUACUUUAAAUCAAGUGGGCUUGAACAUUCUGAAUUGUAGGAAAGCCUUCAUUUUAACUGAAUCUCUAUGUAGAUAUACUUGUUGUAAAUAUGAGAAGUGAUACCUAAUCCACGUAAGAUAUAUUAACACCUGUAUUUAUUUGUUACGGAGGUAUUUUCAUGCUAAUGUUGAAUUGUUUAUGUGUUAUACACGUAGUACAUGUUAUUGAAUUCAUUUAAGAAAACCAUUGGUAUAUAAUGCACAGUGCAGAAUCAAAUAUUUUUCAUCACAGAAAGCAACCCCCCCCCCUUCCCAGCCUUUUUUAAUAAGAGCUUUGUUACUUGAUAUGCAGAUAUAAAAACCUGUGAUAAUUGUUGUGAUUUUAAUGCUUUCACAAUCAUCCAGGAUAUUGAUAUACUGUGAAACAGCAACCAAUAUGUUUACAUUUACAGCAACCAAUACAUUCACAUUUACAGCACCUAGGAUGUUUACAUUUACAGCAACAAAGAUGUUCACAUUUACACCAACCAAUACAUUCACAUUUACAGCACCUAGGAUGUUUACAUUUACAGCAACAAAGAUGUUCACAUUUACACCAACCAAUACAUUCACAUUUACAGCACCUAGGAUGUUUACAUUUACAGCAACAAAGAUGUUCACAUUUACACCAACCAAUACAAACACAUUUACAGCAAUCAAUACAAUCACAUUUACAGCAAUCAAUACAUUCACAUUUACAGCAACCAAUAUAUUCACAUUUAUAGCAACCAAUACAUUCACAUUUUCGGCAACAGACAUUCACAUUUACAGCAACCAAUACAUUCACAUUUACAGCAACCAACAUAUUCACUUUUCAGCAACCAAUAUGUUCACAUUUACACACCUUCAUAAAAAUGAUGCUAUCCAUUUUGUGCUAGUGUAUUCAUUGUACACUCUAAUACCAUUGAUAGUCACUGAACUUUUACAUAGAAAAAGUAACUUUCACAUGUAUGACUUAGUGCCAGUUUCAUUACAUUUUCAUAGAAAGUUGUAGUCACCCAUAAUCAAUUUAGCCAUUUGUACAAAAUUGAAGCUGAAUUUUGCUAAUUUGAGAGGCUUGGUAAAUAUUGUUGAAAGUUAAAAACAUUAACACAGAUUGAUGGAAAUAGCCAUUUUAAUGGCGUAUCAUAGAUUUGUACAUAAUUUUUUGAUUACCUGUGAUUUUUAGCUUGGCAGGAAUUUUAUUCUUUGCAAAGGACCAAGUGCCAUGAACAAUGCAAAAAUUGUGUAUAAUAUAUAAUUAUAGACACUCUAGAAAUAUCCAAUCAUUGAUUAAUGUGCUGUUAACUGAUGCAAAUAUCUAUAUUUUUAUAUAAAAUUGUAUUUUUGACUGAUGGAUCAAAUGCUGUUUUUAUAAAAUAAAUUUAAGCUUAAACUGAAAA